GGUGGCUUGAUGUGUGAGGGGUCCUUGGGCCUGCGGGUGCUGCUCCCGCUGUCCGGAGAGACCUUCUGGCUGCCCCACUGCGGGCCCCAAACCACCGCACGCCAACUCAAGGAGGAGCUGGAGCUGGUGGCGGGCAUCCCGCUCCACUGCCAGCGGCUCCUCUACCUCGACCAAGGAGUCUUGAUGGAUGAGUCUACAAUAAGAUUUCAUGAUAUUGUUCCUGGUGGAAUUAUUACAAUGUGUAUCUGGCAUGAAGAUGGAUGGGAGGAUCUUGUCCUGGCUGCAAUAGAAGGGGACAUCAAAAAGCUAUCCUGUUUGGGAGUUACUGAAGACUCUUCCUACCAAACUGCACAUUCAAAGUGCUUAGGAGCCAAGGAGAAGAAGGAAUGGGUGGCUCACAGAGCUUUUGUGGCCUUUUAUAUUGCAGCACAUAGAAACCACUCAUCCGUGGUACACUAUUUCCUACAAAAUGGUAUCGACUAUAUGAAAAAAACUCCAGCGGGUAGAACAGCUCUUCAUGUUGCUUCUUCCAUGGGCAAUGUUAACUGUGUGGAUUUACUUCUGCAACACGAGGAACUAGUCUCUGAAAGGGACUCAAAGGGGCAAACAGCAAUGAGCCUGGCACGGCAAUGGAGGCGCAAGCAGAGUGAACAGAAACUCUUCCUUUUUCAGUGGAAAAAGAGAGUAUCCAGCAGUGCAAAGAGCAGGAGCCUACAAGUAUCUAAAGACUCCACCGAGUUCAUUUCUGACCUGAGGAGACAUGGAGACAUCCAGAAUCACGCUAAAGCUUUCUCCGAUAGACUUUCAGGAUACACAUCCCCGCGUGAUUCCAGAGAGGUUUUAGCCAUAAGUGUAAUGGAAACAUUACAUUUAAUUCAGCUCAGAUAUUAAAUUACCUCAU